GUCAUGCGGCAUUGAUCUUGAUGAAUGUGCUAGCAAUCCAUGUCGAAAUAAUGCCACUUGCAAAGAUGAAACUGCUGGAUUCAUGUGCAAUUGUACAGAUGGAUAUGCUGGCACAUUGUGUGAUGAAGACAUCAAUGAAUGCUUGAGCAGCCCCUGCAAUUAUAAUGGAACCUGUGUGGAUGUUGUGAACGGUUUCGUAUGCCAAUGUUCAGCAGGAUUUGAUGGAGUGUUAUGCAGCAUUAAUAUUGACGAAUGUUCUAGCAACCCCUGUCAAAAUGGCGCUGUCUGCAACGACUUGGUGAAUGGGUUGGAAUGUGACUGCCGAGGCGGGUUCGUUGGAACAUUCUGUGAGGAGGACAUUGACGAAUGUGCGAGCACUCCUUGUUUGAACAAUGGUACAUGUACUGACUUGGUAAAUAGUUUCAACUGUACAUGUGCUGCAGGAUUUGAAGAUGUUUUGUGCAGCACAGAUAUUGACGAAUGUUCAAGUAAUCCAUGUCAAAAUGGCGCUCGUUGUUCGGACUUGGUAAAUGAGUUUAUCUGCAGUUGUCAAGAUGGUUUCACAGGGCAGAUUUGUGAAGAGGAAAUUGACGAAUGCUCCAGCAGUCCUUGCUUGAACAAUGGUACAUGUACUGACUUGGUAAAUAGUUUUAACUGUACAUGUGCUGCAGGAUUUGAAGAUGUUUUGUGCAGCACGGAUAUCGACGAAUGUUCAAGUAAUCCAUGUCAAAAUGGCGCUACUUGUUCGGACUUGGUAAAUGAGUUUAUCUGCAGUUGUCAAGAUGGUUUCACAGGGCAGCUUUGUGAAGAGGAAACUGACGAAUGCUCGAGCAGUCCUUGCUUGAACAAUGGUACCUGUACUGACUUGGUAAAUAGUUUCAACUGUACAUGUGCUGCAGGAUUUGAAGAUGUUUUGUGCAGCACGAAUAUUGACGAAUGUUUAAGCGAUCCAUGUCAAAAUGGCGGUCGUUGUUCGGACUUGUUAGAUGAGUUUAUCUGCAGUUGUCAAGAUGGUUUCACUGGGCAGCUUUGUGAAGAGGAAAUUGAUGAAUGCUCCAGCAAUCCUUGCUUGAACAAUGGUACUUGUACUGACUUGGUAAAUAGUUUUAACUGUUCAUGUGCUGCCGGAUUUGAAGAUGUUUUGUGCAGCACAGAUAUUGACGAAUGUUCAAGUAAUCCAUGUCAAAAUGGCGCUCGUUGUUCGGACUUGGUAAAUGAGUUUAUCUGCAGUUGUCAAGAUGGUUUCACAGGGCAGCUUUGUGAAGAGGAAAUUGACGAAUGUGCGAGCACUCCUUGUUUGAAUAAUGGUACAUGUACUGACUUGGUAAAUAGUUUCAACUGUACAUGUGCUGCAGGAUUUGAAGAUGUUUUGUGCAGCACUAAUAUUGACGAAUGUUCCAGCAAUCCGUGUCAAAAUGGCGCUCGUUGUUCGGACUUGGUGGAUGAGUUUAUCUGCAGUUGUCAAGAUGGUUUCACUGGGCAGCUUUGUGAGGUGGAAAUUGAUGAAUGUGCGAGCAAUCCUUGCUUAAACAAUGGUACAUGUACUGACUUGGUAAAUAGUUUUAACUGUACAUGUGCUGCCGGAUUUGAAGAUGUUUUGUGCAGCACGAAUAUUGACGAAUGUUUAAGCGAUCCAUGUCAAAAUGGCGGUCGUUGUUCGGACUUGGUAAAUCAGUUUAUCUGCAGUUGUCAAGAUGGUUUCACAGGGCAGAUUUGUGAAGAGGAAAUUGACGAAUGCUCCAGCAGUCCUUGCUUGAACAAUGGUACAUGUACUGACUUGGUAAAUAGUUUUAACUGUACAUGUGCUGCAGGAUUUGAAGAUGUUUUGUGCAGCACGGAUAUCGACGAAUGUUCAAGUAAUCCAUGUCAAAAUGGCGCUACUUGUUCGGACUUGUUAGAUGAGUUUAUCUGCAGUUGUCAAGAUGGUUUCACUGGGCAGCUUUGUGAAGAGGAAAUUGACGAAUGCUCCAGCAAUCCUUGCUUGAACAAUGGUACAUGUACUGACUUGGUAAAUAGUUUUAACUGUUCAUGUGCUGCCGGAUUUGAAGAUGUUUUGUGCAGCACAGAUAUUGACGAAUGUUCAAGUAAUCCAUGUCAAAAUGGCGCUCGUUGUUCGGACUUGGUAAAUGAGUUUAUCUGCAGUUGUCAAGAUGGUUUCACAGGGCAGCUUUGUGAAGAGGAAAUUGACGAAUGCUCGAGCAGUCCUUGCUUGAACAAUGGUACCUGUACUGACUUGGUAAAUAGUUUCAACUGUACAUGUGCUGCAGGAUUUGAAGAUGUUUUGUGCAGCACUAAUAUUGACGAAUGUUCCAGCAAUCCGUGUCAAAAUGGCGCUCGUUGUUCGAACUUGGUGGAUGAGUUUAUCUGCAGUUGUCAAGAUGGUUUCACUGGGCAGCUUUGUGAAGAGGAAAUUGACGAAUGCUCCAGCAGUCCUUGCUUGAACAAUGGAACAUGUACUGACUUGGUAAAUAGUUUCAACUGUACAUGUGCUGCAGGAUUUGAAGAUGUUUUGUGCAGCACAGAUAUUGACGAAUGUUCAAGUAAUCCAUGUCAAAAUGGCGCUACUUGUUCGGACUUGGUAAAUGAGUUUAUCUGCAGUUGUCAAGAUGGUUUCACUGGGCAGCUUUGUGAAGAGGAAAUUGACGAAUGUGCGAGCAGUCCUUGUUUGAACAAUGGUACAUGUACUGACUUGGUAAAUAGUUUCAACUGUACAUGUGCUGCAGGAUUUGAAGAUGUUUUGUGCAGCACGAAUAUUGACGAAUGUUUUAGCGAUCCAUGUCAAAAUGGCGGUCGUUGUUCGGACUUGGUAAAUGAGUUUAUCUGCAGUUGUCAAGAUGGUUUCACUGGGCAGCUUUGUGAAGAGGAAGUUGACGAAUGCUCGACCAAUCCUUGCUUGAGCAAUGGUACAUGUACUGACUUGAUAAAUAGUUUUAACUGUACAUGUGCUGCCGGAUUUGAAGAUGUUUUGUGCAGCACAGAUAUUGACGAAUGUUCAAGUAAUCCAUGUCAAAAUGGCGCUCGUUGUUCGAACUUGGUAAAUGAGUUUAUCUGCAGUUGUCAAGAUGGUUUCACUGGGCAGAUUUGUGAAGAGGAAACUGACGAAUGUGCGAGCACUCCUUGUUUGAAUAAUGGUACAUGUACUGACUUGGUAAAUAGUUUCAACUGUACAUGUGCUGCAGGAUUUGAAGAUGUUUUGUGCAGCACUAAUAUUGACGAGUGUUCCAGCAAUCCAUGUCAAAAUGGCGCUCGUUGUUCGGACUUGGUGGAUGAGUUCAUCUGCAGUUGUCAAGAUGGUUUCACUGGGCAGCUUUGUGAGGAGGAAAUUAACGAAUGCUCCAGCAAUCCUUGCUUGAACAAUGGUACAUGUACUGACUUGGUAAAUAGUUUCAACUGUACAUGUGCUGCAGGAUUUGAAGAUGUUUUGUGCAGCACGAAUAUUGACGAAUGUUUAAGCGAUCCAUGUCAAAAUGGCGGUCGUUGUUCGGACUUGGUAGAUCAGUUUAUCUGCAGCUGUCAAGAUGGUUUCACUGGGCAGCUUUGUGAAGAGGAAAUUGACGAAUGCUCGAGCAGUCCUUGCUUGAACAAUGGUACCUGUACUGACUUGGUAAAUAGUUUCAACUGUACAUGUGCUGCAGGAUUUGAAGAUGUUUUGUGCAGCACAAAUAUUGACGAAUGUUCCAGCAAUCCGUGUCAAAAUGGCGCUCGUUGUUCGAACUUGGUGGAUGAGUUUAUCUGCAGUUGUCAAGAUGGUUUCACUGGGCAGCUUUGUGAAGAGGAAACUGACGAAUGUGCGAGCACUCCUUGUUUGAAUAAUGGUACAUGUACUGACUUGGUAAAUAGCUACAACUGUACAUGUGCUGAAGGAUUUGAAGAUGUUUUGUGCAGCACAGAUAUUGACGAAUGUUCAAGUAAUCCAUGUCAAAAUGGCGGUCGUUGUUCGGACUUGGUAAAUGAGUUUAUCUGCAGUUGUCAAGACGGUUUCACAGGGCAGCUUUGUGAAGAGGAAAUUGACGAAUGCUCGAGCAGUCCUUGCUUGAACAAUGGUACAUGUACUGACUUGGUAAAUAGUUUCAACUGUACAUGUGCUGCAGGAUUUGAAGAUGUUUUGUGCAGCACUAAUAUUGACGAAUGUUCCAGCAAUCCGUGUCAAAAUGGCGCUCGUUGUUCGGACUUGGUGGAUGAGUUUAUCUGCAGUUGUCAAGAUGGUUUCACUGGGCAGCUUUGUGAAGAGGAAAUUGAUGAAUGUGCGAGCACUCCUUGUUUGAAUAAUGGUACAUGUACUGACUUGGUAAAUAGUUUCAACUGUACAUGUGCUGCAGGAUUUGAAGAUGUUUUGUGCAGCACAGAUAUUGACGAAUGUUCAAGUAAUCCAUGUCAAAAUGGCGCUCGUUGUUCGGACUUGGUAAAUGAGUUUAUCUGCAGUUGUCAAGAUGGUUUCACUGGGCAGAUUUGUGAAGAGGAAACUGACGAAUGUGCGAGCACUCCUUGUUUGAAUAAUGGUACAUGUACUGACUUGGUAAAUAGUUUCAACUGUACAUGUGCUGCCGGAUUUGAAGAUGUUUUGUGCAGCACUAAUAUUGACGAGUGUUCAAGUAAUCCAUGUCAAAAUGGCGGUCGUUGUUCGGACUUGGUAAAUGAGUUUAUCUGCAGUUGUCAAGAUGGUUUCACAGGGCAGAUUUGUGAAGAGGAAAUUGACGAAUGCUCCAGCAAUCCUUGCUUGAACAAUGGUACAUGUACUGACUUGGUAAAUAGUUUCAACUGUACAUGUGCUGCAGGAUUUGAAGAUGUUUUGUGCAGCACAGAUAUUGACGAAUGUUCAAGUAAUCCAUGUCAAAAUGGCGCUACUUGUUCGGACUUGGUAAAUGAGUUUAUCUGCAGUUGUCAAGAUGGUUUCACUGGGCAGCUUUGUGAAGAGGAAAUUGACGAAUGCUCCAGCAGUCCUUGCUUGAACAAUGGUACUUGUACUGACUUGGUAAAUAGUUUUAACUGUACAUGUGCUGCCGGAUUUGAAGAUGUUUUGUGCAGCACAGAUAUUGACGAAUGUUCAAGUAAUCCAUGUCAAAAUGGCGCUACUUGUUCGGACUUGGUAAAUGAGUUUAUCUGCAGUUGUCAAGAUGGUUUCACUGGGCAGAUUUGUGAAGAGGAAAUUGAUGAAUGUGCGAGCAAUCCUUGCUUAAACAAUGGUACAUGUACUGACUUGGUAAAUAGUUUUAACUGUACAUGUGCUGCCGGAUUUGAAGAUGUUUUGUGCAGCACGAAUAUUGACGAAUGUUUAAGCGAUCCAUGUCAAAAUGGCGGUCGUUGUUCGGACUUGUUAGAUGAGUUUAUCUGCAGUUGUCAAGAUGGUUUCACUGGGCAGCUUUGUGAAGAGGAAAUUGACGAAUGCUCCAGCAAUCCUUGCUUGAACAAUGGUACAUGUACUGACUUGGUAAAUAGUUUUAACUGUACAUGUGCUGCCGGAUUUGAAGAUGUUUUGUGCAGCACAGAUAUUGACGAAUGUUCAAGUAAUCCAUGUCAAAAUGGCGGUCGUUGUUCGGACUUGGUAAAUGAGUUUAUCUGCAGUUGUCAAGAUGGUUUCACAGGGCAGCUUUGUGAAGAGGAAAUUGACGAAUGUGCGAGCACUCCUUGUUUGAAUAAUGGUACAUGUACUGACUUGGUAAAUAGUUUCAACUGUACAUGUGCUGCCGGAUUUGAAGAUGUUUUGUGCAGCACAGAUAUUGACGAAUGUUCAAGUAAUCCAUGUCAAAAUGGCGCUCGUUGUUCGGACUUGGUAAAUGAGUUCAUCUGCAGUUGUCAAGAUGGUUUCACUGGGCAGCUUUGUGAAGAGGAAACUGACGAAUGCUCGAGCAGUCCUUGCUUGAACAAUGGUACCUGUACUGACUUGGUAAAUAGUUUCAACUGUACAUGUGCUGCAGGAUUUGAAGAUGUUUUGUGCAGCACGAAUAUUGACGAAUGUUUUAGCGAUCCGUGUCAAAAUGGUGGUCGUUGUUCGGACUUGGUGGAUGAGUUUAUCUGCAGUUGUCGAGAUGGUUUCACUGGGCAGCUUUGUGAAGAGGAAAUUGACGAAUGUGCGAGCACUCCUUGUUUGAACAAUGGUACUUGUACUGACUUGGUAAAUAGUUUCAACUGUACAUGUGCUGUAGGAUUUGAAGAUGUUCUGUGCAGCACAGAUAUUGACGAAUGUUCCAGCAAUCCAUGUCAAAAUGGCGCUCGUUGUUCGGACUUGGUAAAUGAGUUUAUCUGCAGUUGUCAAGAUGGUUUCACUGGGCAGUUUUGUGACGAGGAUAUCAACGAAUGCUUGAGCAACCCAUGCUUCAAUGAAGGAACAUGUGUCGAUUUGAUCGGAUCGUUUUCAUGCAACUGUAGCGAGAUAUUCGCGGGUAAUUUUUGCGAGGUUGAUCUUGUCAAUGAUUGUAAUAAUACUCCAUGUCAAAAUGGAGGUGUCUGCCAAGAUUUUCCAAUGGGUUACAUUUGUACAUGCGCAGUAGGCUUUGAUGGCAACCACUGUGAGGUUGAUAUUGACGACUGUCUGAGCAGCCCAUGUUAUAAUUAUGGAGUCUGUGUUGAUUUGGUCAAUUCGUUUAUUUGCAACUGUAGUCAAGGUUUUGAGGGAGAGCAGUGUGAGAUCAAAAUAGAUGAAUGUGCCAGUUCACUUUGCCAGAAUGGCGCGUCAUGUAUGGAUUUGGAUAACGGUUUUAGAUGUAUUUGUGUCGAAGGUUUUAUCGGUGAGCUUUGUGACUCUGAGGACAGCUGUAUAAGUGAUCCUUGCCAAAAUGAGGCAAUCUGUUCGAACGAACUCCCUGGUUAUACGUGUACGUGUAAAGCCGGGUACCAAGGAGCGAACUGUGAGGUGGAUAUAGAUGAAUGUGGGAACCACCCAUGUCAACAUGACGGGAUUUGUGUGGAUCAAGUGAACGGGUAUGACUGCACAUGCCUCAAUGGAUUUACUGGUACAAACUGCAGUCAAGUUGUACCCUGUAAAUCGUCUCCUUGCCUCAACGGGGCUUCCUGCUUAACGACCUCCCAUCAUACAUUUACAUGCGCAUGUGCAAUCGGUUUCGAAGGCCCUCUUUGUGAUGACGACAUCAAUGAAUGUGAGUUUGAGCAGGGUGUUUGCUCUGAGAGAGCUGACUGUCAAAACGACAUUGGGAACUACUCGUGUGUGUGUAAAUCUGGGUUCAAAGGAGUAGAUUGUUUGGAACCAGACUACUGCGUUGACGUCCCAUGCUUCAAUAAUGCUACAUGUGUUUCAAUGGAAGAGACAUUCAGUUGUUCGUGUGCAAAUGGCUUUACAGGCAGCCAAUGUGAAACAGUGAUCGAGAAUGCAUGCGUUCCAACCGCGUGUCUCAACAAUGGAGAGUGCAUACUUGGAGAGGUUAACGGGGAGUAUAUGUGUUUAUGUCCCGUACAAUUCUACGGGAUGAAUUGUGAAAUAGACGUCGAAGUUCAUUCCAAUGUCAUUAUGGUGGACGGAUCCACUAUUGAAACAGACGUGUUUCAAACAGACACAGAAAACCUCAUCAGAUCAUCAAUGGAUGAUGAGACUGGCCAACACACGACGAUAGAGGUCGUCGUUGUAGCAACAGAUGAUUACGAAUCGACGUCGACAGGUGAACCAGUUACGCAGGUAACCUACCUAGUCACUGUGAACGGCACUGCGUUGAUGCCAACGGAUGUUACUGACAUGAUGAACGAGAUGGGUGAUGACGUCAUCGAUGACAUCAUGUCACACAGUCCAUUCAAAGGAGAGGUCGCCCCAAGAUCUGGACAAACAUGGGCAAAUGAAUACUGGUACAUCGUAGCGCUCGCUUGUGUAUCAGCCAUUCUACUGAUGUCCAUACCCACGUUUCUAAUAUGCAGGGCAAAGAAACGAAAGCAGAAGGUUGAUGUUACCAAUGAGGAGGGUAGCUCAUAUACAAUGGAGGCUGAUGGGGGUAGCUCAUAUAAAAUGGAGGCAUGGGGAGAAGAAGACGGAAGCCUAGGCUAUGAACAAGUCGAUGAAACACCAGGAGAAAACAUCUAGGGAUGACACAGAAGACAAUCACCACUGGAAAGAAAUUGUACUCCAAAGAAAACAUCAAAUGGGUGAAACUGCUUUAAUAUAAUAAUAUUAUCAGCACUAGGUUCUUAUGUGCACAUUCUAGUACCUAGAUCAAGGCACUUAACCACAUUCAUGUUCAACAGGCAU